UCUCUCUCUCUACUUUCUCUCUCCUCUGCUACCAAACCACUAGUACUACUACUACUACUCAUGGUGGUCAGAUCAUGGUCUCACUCACUCUACUCUCAGUAAUCCGCCAUUUUUAUGCUUCUUCUACUCUGGGGCUUGCUUAUGAAGGAAUGAAGUAAAGUGUAGUGUGUUCACAAUCGAGAGUUGGGUUUGCUACUUUUAGAGAAAAUGAGAAAGAUAAAGUGCUUGAAUAAUGAUGUAUUCUUCGAAGUGUUAUCCCUAUUACCUACAAAGACAUUAUUUCAAUUGAAAUGUGUAUCUAAAGCUUGGAACAACUUGAUAUCUGAUCGUUCUUUUAUUCAAUCUCAAUUACAAAGGACAAAGCUCUCUAUCUCAGGAUUCAUCUUCCAAGACAAGUUCCCAUGGCUCAACAAAGAUAUCAAAACUGUCACAUAUAUUCCUGUUGAUGAAGAAGACUUUCAAUUCAAACAGAAAAUCUUUGAUUUUCUCCCUGAGGAUGUUGUGGUAUUGUCAUCUUGUCACGGUCUCAUUUGUUGCAGGAGUUGCUUCCCUACUCAAGACCCAACAAUCUACAUUUGCAAUCCAUUAAACAAGGAAAUGACCAAACUGAGUUGGGAUUCACUUGGAAAUGACAGCAUUAUAUCUUUGGCUUUUGAUCCAUCUCAAAAUCCCAUAGACAUUUCUACAGAAUUCAAGUUAGUGACAGUUGAGGCAUUUGAGAUUGGAGGAGAAGAAGAACAAGAAGAAAAAAAGUGUGUCACAUUCGAAAUAUACUCUUCAAGAACAAAAGAAUGGUUGAGAUCAAGAGAGAUUUGUCAAUGCAACAAUAACAUAUUAAACAACAAAAGUAUCUUCAUCAAAGGAAUAUUAUAUUGGCAAACAGAUGGUGACAACAUUCUCACAUUUGAUUUAGACAAAGAGUUAUCUUGGUUGAUAUCAGUACCAGUUCCAGCUGCAGAAUUCAAGACCAUUCCUCAAACAUGUAUUGGUGAAUGUGGAGGACAACUUAACUAUGUCAUGAUCUCAGAAGAGGGACUUCAUCUAUGGUGUCUCGAGGACUCUUUCGAGUCUGAAUGGACACUUAAGUAUUGGAAAUCGUUAGAGAUGAUGGAAAAAGAGUUUCCAAAGCUCUUCUACAACUUACGCGGACGAGUAAUGCAAGAUGUGAGCAUUUGUGACACUCCAUGGAUGAAUCCCAUGGCUUUCAAUGGUGGAAUUUUGCUGCUGAGAGUUUCUGCCAAAAUCUACUUGUAUCACUUUGAAAGUGGUAAAAUGGAAGUGGUUUGUGUUGCUCCUAAGUUGGGUUUGAGUGCCAUGUUUCAACCUAUUCUACUUCCUUAUUCCAUGAGCUUGGUUCCACUCAAGUAACUGACAUUAACUAACACUACACAUUUUGUUAGGUUUAAACCAUUUUGGUUACAAGUUUUAUAUGCUUUUAGUAUAAAAAGGUGACAAAUGUUUUUGACCUCUAAUGAGACUGUUGUAUCAAACACAUGCUAUUAAAGUAGUUGUUAAUUACUCAAUUGACCAAAAUUUAAGAAAAACUUCCAAAAAUACUUUCAUUUUACAUUUUGGACUUUUUUAUAGUAAAAAUAAUAAACCGUUUAUUUUGGUUGUUUCAUAAUUAUCAUGAGAUUAAUUUCU